CCAAAUAUCAUAUUUCUUGUAUCCAAUAUUCCGCCGCUCUCAUUGUUUAAGUCAUGCGUCCUCUUGUCUCUGUGAACGUUUCUUGUGAUCGCGAUUCACUUUCUUGUGGUCGUGAUUCACUUGCUGCUAUGCGUUCCCGGCGCCUUGCUGGUCUUAAUGUAGCGGCUAUGACUAAAGCGCUCGAGAACGUACCUCACGAAGAAAGAAAAAAUGUGAUUGGUGGGUUUAUAUAUCAUUUGGUGGACAUGCAGCAGCCAUUUUAUGCUUCAGGAAAAAUCACAGGAAUGCUUCUUGAGUUGGACGAAGCCGAACUCUUUCGCUUAGUCGAAUCACCCGAAGCCCUCAAACUCAAGGUCCAAGAGGCAGUUGAUGUUUUAGGGGAUUGGAUUCCCGAACAGGAGAAGCUACUAGUGCAAGAAGCUAUGGACCUCCAAGUCUUCUUCCCGCCUAAGUCCAAGAUUUGAUUUGUUUCUUUGGAUCUUAUUUAUGCUCUAUGUUGAGUUUUAAAAAUCCUCAUUUCUGUUUCGAAAUAAAGAAAAAACUGUGAUUUUAUCAUUAUUGUUAAUGUAAGAUCAAUGUUUUUAAGGGAAAAUUGUCAAAAUCAGAAAUUGUUAUGCUAUGUCCAA